ACUCGCGAAUGGACGCGCUCACUUGAUGAUUUGCGAGAGGGGGCAGCAGUGCAGGGUUCUUCCUACUUCCCCUAUAGUUCGGCGUGGAGAGACGAAUAGUACGCUCCGGGGUGAGAACGGAGCACAUCGAGUCUGGGCAACUGGAGGUAGUGCCAUCAUCAGCAUCACAGCGCGGCUCUCCCCAGACUUCGCUGCCCGGAUCACGCCAGCCGUCGCUCUCAACAACCCACUCCGCCCGCAGUUCCUCCGCACUAGCCAUGAAACAGACUUUACUCGAACUAAUGAGGAUGAGCAGAAUUUGUCGGAUGGUAUUGGCCACUUGUUUGGGAUCGUUCAUACUGGUCAUCUUUUAUUUCCAAAGUAUGUUCCAGCCAGUAAUGCGGAGGAACCCUUUCGUGGCGGAGGGGUGCUGUGGGAAAGGAUCCAGAAAUGCCCUAGAGGAGCUUUACAGCCCAACGCAGACUGAGUUCACAUCGGCUGCGCUACUGCACCAAGCUCGGCGCGAGCGCGUGUCGGAGGCGUGCCGCGCCCACAGCGCCUCCAGCCGCCAGCGGCGAGUGCUCACCCCGGCCGACCUGCGCCACCUGCUGGUGGACGAGACGCACCGCCUCAUCUACUGCUACGUGCCCAAGGUGGCGUGCACCAACUGGAAGCGGGUGAUGAUGGUGCUGUCGGGCGACGGCAAGUACUCGGACCCCAUGCAGAUCCCGCCGAGCGAGGCGCACGUGCCCGCCAACCUGCGCGCCCUCAGCCAGUACAGCAUCGGCGAGAUCAACCGCCGCCUCAAGGGCUACCUCAAGUUCCUGUUCGUGCGCGAGCCCUUCGAGCGCCUGGUGUCGGCCUACCGCAACAAGUUCACGCUGCGCUACAACACCUCCUUCCACCGCCGCUACGGCACCAAGAUCGUGCGCCGCUACCGGCAGAACGCCACCGACGAGGCCAUGCGCUCUGGCGCCGACGUCUCCUUCCGGGAGUUCGCCGAGUACCUGACGGACCCGGCCACGCAGCGCGACGGCCCGCUCAACGAGCACUGGCAGACGGUGCACUCGCUCUGCCACCCGUGCCUCAUCCACUACGACCUGGUGGGCAAGUACGAGACGCUGGAGGAGGACGCCAACACCGUGCUGCAGCUGGCCGGCGCCAACGACGGCGUCCGCUUCCCCUCCUACUCCAAGUCCACGCGCACCACCGACCAGAUGGCGGCCAUGUUCUUCCGCAACGUGAGCACAAGGCAGCAGCAGCAGCUCUACCAGCUCUACAAGAUGGACUUCCUCAUGUUCAACUACUCCACACCCAACUACCUGAAACUGGAGUAGACACACGCACACACGCACACACACACACACACGAACACACACACACACACACACACACACACACACACACACACAUACUCACACAGAUGUACAAACACUCCACACACACACAUGUAUGAGAGAGGAAACAUGUUACCUUUUUGGUAAAAGAAAAGAAUGGAAAAGAAGAGGAGGAGGAGAAGAAGGAGAAGAAAUGUGGGGAAAAAGGGAAAACGGAUGGAUGAAAACUUGAUAAACUGUCGUCAUGCAGGGUAGGGGUUCGACCAAACAAAACGGGACAAAAUAACGGACAAAGGACAUGGAGCCUGGGAGGGCGUGGCCUCAUUUUCGAUUGGACCAGAGGGUUGUCAGUCAGUGGAGAGCAGAGCUCACAUAGGAAGAGUGAUUGGUCAGUCAGAUUAGUUACCAAGUUUGCAGCCAAAAGACCCAUAGCAAGUGGACCAAACUUACAUAUCAUGCUCAUAAACACAUAUAUGUGAGGUGUGUGUUUGUGGCAAGUUUUCGUUUAGGUGUAAAAAGUCAUAUUUUGUUUCACAAACAACAUGGAGGCGGAUUUACACAAAU